CCCCAGAUCCCCCAGACUCAGCCCCCAUCGAGCAGCUUCCUAGCUCUCUCACUCUCACCGUCACAACCGCACUACGCCUCACCGUACCAUGCUCUCUGCCCCUUCCCCUAAAUUUCUGACCGCUCCGAACUUCUCCGCAAAAGCAUCGACACGUUUCAGAUUCGCUCCGCCUCUCGCCUUCGCCGCCACUUCCUCCGAAAGCCGUAGCACGACAUCGUAUAUGGCCACCGCGUGCACCUCGCUGUACGAAAUCCUCGGUAUCCACACGGACGCCACGUGCCAGGAGAUCAAGACGGCGUACCGGCGAUUGGCGAGGACAUGCCACCCUGACGUUGUGGCCGUCCCCGCUAGGAAGGACUCGUCCGCCGGCGAGUUCAUGAGGAUACACGCUGCGUACUCCACCCUAUCGGACCCCCAUAAGCGCGCAGAUUACGAUCGCAAGCUUUUCAGGCCGUACAAGCCUUUGACGGCGACUUCGGGGUUCUCCGGCUACUCCCGCAAAAACUGGGAGACGGACCAGUGCUGGUGACUGAGUUUACUCGCCGGAUCGCCGAGUUGAUAACUAAUCUAGAUUACAGUGAAGAUAAUGACAGAUUACUCCGAUAUAUAUAAAUAUCUUAUUUCCUACUGAGUUGAUUGUAGAUAGUCGGAAAAAGGAAUCAAUAUAUUUAUAAAUGA